CUUUUUCAAUUGGAAUGGUGACCACAGCUAACAUCAGAAACUACAGAUCCAGAGAGGCAUUACCUAAGGAUCAGUUGAACCAGACGCAGAGAAAAUCAUAUCGCGCAGGACGUGAAUCUGAUUUGCUGGCAGUCUGAAGACACUUUAAAGUGUGAGUAUGGAAUUAAUUGUUAAAUAUGCAGAAUGUAGCACAUUUGAGCCUGUUGUUGAUGAAAAUACUGACAUAGUUAAAAGACUGAAAGAUGUGUGGUUGCAAUGUGAGAAUGAGAAUAAGCUUAUUGAUAAAAAAAGGUUUUGUUUAACAAAAGAAAAAUCCAAAUUACAGAAUUGCAUGAAACUGUUGUUAGCUAUCAAAGACCAAAUGAAUAGAGCAAUCUUUGAACAUUCUCCCCCAAUAGCCAUGUUAACAGAGAUCAAUUGUAACACAUUAGAUGAGAAUUGCCCCACAUGUGGGGUAAAUGCAGAAUAUAUUAAUACUUUAGAAGAAAAUUAUGACGCAAGAGGCCAACUUAUUGCUUCAUUGAGACAGGGACUUGCAAACUUAACCCCUGUUGCAGUAUUAAAUGAGGACAAUGCAUGUGUGUCGCAGGAAGAUGGGGCACAUGUUGAUGGGGGAAGGGUGCAAAGCCCACAUGUUGAUGGGGGGAGGGUGCCUAUUCCACACAGUGAGGAAAGAUUGGAUCACACACAAAAUACAGAGAGCACACACAUUCCAAUACUAACCCCACAGAUAACUAGGCCAAGAACAUUAAACACAGAACAUCAAACAGAUACUUUAUCACUAACACCCAGUGUAAGAUCCAGGGGAAGAAAUUUAACUCAAUCGCAAAAUUUACUUUUUUCUACCACCUCUGCUGAAACAUCAUCCCUGGUAUCAACUACUCUUAUAAAACAAGAUAGAGAUAAAGUAAUGAGACAACUGGUAAAGUUAAAACCUCUCUUUCCAGUGUAUGAUGUUAAAGCAGAUGUUUUCACUAACAUGUCAAAUUUUGAGUCUGCAGUAAAACAAUACAUGCUGUCACAUAAGGAAGCAUGCUUUUUGUUAAAAAUGUGGCUUCCAGGCAGCAUUGCAGCUAGAUUACAAUCACCAGUUGCAGGCCCAGUUAAUUUGAACACAGAUUGGUUUAAGGAGGAUAAAUGGGGUUCAGAUGGGGACAGAUUAAAAGCUGUUUGUAAACUAGUGACAGGGAGUAGAGAUUUGGACAGUCACUCUCUUGCAGAAAUGCAAGUAGCAUUAAAUGAUGACCCAUGGGUAUUUGCAGCUAAAUUUGAACAAUUAUAUAGGCUGACACACAGAAUUUCACCAGAACAAACACCUCAUGAUAUGUUGCAGUAUUUAAUUAAAAAAUUCACAUAUUUGGAACCUAGCAUACAAAUGAUGGCUGAGGAAAAGAAUACACUAGAGGGUGUGUUAUCUAUUAUAGGUAAGGCUAGGCAGAACAUUUUAAAGAAAAGGAACACAUUGCAACACAGAAUUGCUGUGGUAACCACUAAUGAAGGGAAACAAAAAUAUUCAGAGGGUCCCUUCAAAGGUACUUGCCAUUACUGCAAUAAAUAUGGGCACAGACGAGUAGAUUGCAGAUUCUUAAAGAGAAUUCAGAAGGAAACUGAGGGAGGGCAGGAAAGAUUACAUCCCUCUGCACCUCCAAAAGAAAGCUAUGCACAUAAUUGGGUAGGGAAAAAUAACAAGAUUAAGCCCCCAGAUAAAACAGGACAGGAAUACACCGCAAAGCUUAGGCCUGGUACUAAUCUGUAUGGCCCAGCGCAUGAGGCUUUGAGAGUGAUGACUGUGGGGGGAGGGGAAGUGGGAUAUCAUGAAAAGAAUUAUGAAAAUAAUUCUCCUCUGAUAUCCUGCUCUGACUGACUACCUCAGGCC